AUGAAGUCAACGCGAGGAAAAAAUAUGAUACGAGAAAUCGAAUCAGGAGUUGCUCAGGCGACUGCUGUAGUAGUCCCAGAACAUUUUCAAUUAAUUAAUAAUGAUCAAAAAUGGACAAAACCAAUGAUAUGGGCGGUGAUUGUUGUAACAUUUUCGACAAGUUUUGUUAUGGGUGUCAAUACGGGUGGACCAAGUCUAUACAAUGGAUUCAUCACUCCAUGGCUACGUGGAUAUCCGUUUCCCUGUCAGAAGGAAGGUAGCACAUCUCAAUGGAUCGCCACUAUCUGGUCAGGAUGUGAUUAUAUUCAUAAAGCAUCGAAAAAUCAGAAUGGUUAUUAUUAUUUGCCAGCUGUUCCAGAAAGUCAGCGUGUUACUCAAAAUUUUCUUGACUCACUUCAUGGAAUCGUUUUUGUCAUUGGAGCUGCAGUGGGAGGCUUUACUGGUCAAUAUUGGUACCUAUAUUUAACAAGACGAAACGCUCUUGUUAUGGCGAUGCUCUUUCAAAUCAUGGCGUCGAUUCUGAUGAUUUGUACACUACCAAUUUAUCAUGCAUAUGACUUAAAUGAUCCAACUCUCCUACAAAUCAAACAAGCAUUAGACAAUAAAGAGCUAGCAAUUGCUUUGUUUUAUAUAUCGCGUUUUCUUUCAGGUUACUCUGCAGGUUUAACUUGUGUUGUAACACCCAUCUAUUUGACUGACAUCAGUCCUCGAACAAUGCGUGGUGAAAUCGUCACUUAUCAUCAGCUAUUAAUCGUUAUUGGCAUACUCGUUGGUCAAGUUGUUAGUCUCCCAUGGCUACUUGGACAACAUGAUAAGUGGAAUUGGGGCAUGGGAUGGGUUGGAGUAUUUCCUUUAAUUGGUUGUUUGUUAGUGUGGAGAUUACAUGAAAGUCCGCGAUGGCUUGCACAAGAACGUCGUGGGCCGGAAGCUGCUGAAAUCUUACGAUCUCUUCGAAAAACAAAUCAAAUCGGUGCCGAAUUAGAAGAGAUUGAACGACAAGAAGCGACCGUUAGUUCUCAAGACGCAUCUCUUAUACGACUCUUCACUUCACCUCGUUUUCGUUGGCCAUUGAUAACAAGUCUAUUUGUCAGUGGGUCAGCUCAGUUUUCUGGUAUCAACUCAGUAUUUUAUUAUUGUGGCCCAACAUUGGCAACAAUGGGAUUUGUUAAUGAAAAGGUUUACUGGAGUGGUUUAUCAACUGGUUUAACAAAUUUAGUUGCAACUAUUGCAUCAAUUAAACUUAUUGAAAAGUUCGGUCGACGUCCAUUGAUUAUCUAUCCGCUCGCCUUGACUGUUAUCAUUAUGAUUUUACUGUGUGUGUUUCUACAAAUCAAUCCAGAGGGAUUGGCUAUUGGAACACUUCUAUUGAUUUUAUUAUAUAUUGCUUUAUUCGCUGUUGGACUUGGUCCGAUACCUUUUCUUUAUCCAAAUGAAGUAUUUGCGAUUAGUAUUCGACCUGUUGCGCAUUCUGUAACGAUAUUUUUUAUUUUUUUAACAAAUUUAAUGGUCGUUAUUCUCUUUCCAUUAAUUCAAUCAGCUUUUGGAGGCUAUGUUUUUCUUGUCUUUUGUGUUUGUUCUCUUGUAUCAUUCGUCUUUCUUUUCUUGAAGAUGCCAGAAACUAAGUGUAAGAAUUUGGCAGAAAUCGAAGGUUUUUGGGGAGAAUAA